AUGACAACGAGAUUGGUGCUACGCGACGUCUCUGUCGUGGGCAACAACCCCGCACCGUUUAGCGACCCCAUUGCGCUGAAGGUUGUCUUGGAAGUGUUUGAGAAGCCGCCUGUUCACGCAAUAGAUGUAAAGUUCACGUGGAAACCGAUUUGGGACUUUCCGGUGGACCAAGAACUCGACGAGUUUGAGGUUGGGCCGCUCUCAACACUAGGGAGGCAUGAACUGAUGCUUCAAAGCGAUCCGCCCGACUUUGCACAGAUUCCCGAUCCGACGGGACCAACGGCAUUGAUUGUCUCCUUCACAUACAUGGGAAGGGAGUUUCUGCACUUGGGCUACAAUGCCGUGGUGACGUGCGAGGGUGAGAUGCCAGAUGUUUUUGAGAAUGCGGAGCCGUUGCGGCGUCAUCUUGCGCAGUGCUUCCCGAAGCAGCUAGCAAUUGUGUGGGAUGAGAAUACCGGGGACCUUAUGGACGGUACCAGCGAUAAUGACAACAAGAGCCACAGUGAGGCCAUGACGGGUGGUUCCGAUGAUGACGAUGAAGAUGACGGCAUGAAGGGAGAAUGCGCCUCCGAUAGCGAGAGCGGGGAGCCGCCACUUAAAAAGCUCAAAAAAUAA